AUGGAUCCAAAUAUUGAUCAAUUACUCUCUUCCCUCCUAGUCUCUCUCUUAACCUCCUGGAACCCGCCCGCCAUUGCCCAACUCACUCUUGAAUCACUACCUUCCAAUGCUGCCGAAGGGAAGGAUGUGCUUCUCCUUGUCCACAAUCUGCCUGUGGAUCUUGCAGCCUAUGCCUGGUACAAAGGGGCAAGUGUGGACAGAGACCGUCUAAUUGCAUCAUAUGCAAUAGACGGUCAAGAAAAUAACCCGGGGCCUGGAUACAGUGGUCGGGAGACAAUAUACCCCAAUGGAUCCCUGCUGAUCCAGAAUGUCACCCUAAAGGACACAGGAUACUAUACCCUACAAAUCAUAAAGAAAAAUUUGCUGAAUGAAGAAGUAACAGGACAGUUCUGUGUAUACGUGGAGCUACCCACAUCCAGCGUCGCAAGCAACAACUCCAACUACAAGAGUUUCCAUUUGCAUGCCCCUAGUGAUAGUGAUGUUGAGCAUCUUCUCAUGGGCUUAUGGACCAUUUGUAUAUCCGCUCUAGAGGAAUGUCUAUUCGAGGGCUUGCCGGUUUUUUCGUCAG